AUGGAGGUCUCCGUGCUCGGGGUGCUGCUCUGUGUCUGCAUGCUGGACAUUGUGGCAGGUGUCUGCCCUGGUGGCACAUAUGGCUACGACUGUGGUAACCAGUGUCACUGUCCUUUGGACAAAUGUGAUGCUACCAUUGGCUGUAGACCUGAAGAUUGUGACCCAGGUUGGUCAGGACUGACAUGUCAUAAAGGCAAUAUAGCACUCCACAAACACGCAUCAGCCAGCUCAGUCUAUGGUAAUAUGGGGGCAGGCAAAGCUGUUAAUGGAGACAACAGUGCAGAGGACUUUCUUAGCUGCUUUCAUUCAGACUGGGGCAACUCUAUGAAAGCUGCAUGGUGGAGGGUCGAUCUUGGGGAGGAAAUCAGAUUUCAUCACGUCACAAUAUACUUCAGAAGAGAUUAUUCAGUUCAUCGGAAUGGUAUCCAGAUCUACAUCGCUGAUACUGAAGCCUCCCCAACUGAUGGAGUCAACUGCUACAACGUGACAGGGAAUGGAGACGGGACAGACAUACCUGAUGUUUUGACGGCCACAUGUUCUGGUGAAGGGCGCUAUCUGGUCCUGUACACCAUCACUGUCAACAACGAUCCAGCACACAUAGUUGUGCCUAUAAUGGAUUUUUGUGAAGUGGAGGUUGACGUAUGUAGCAAUGGUACUUUCGGUGCUGACUGUGACAACUACUGCCACUGUGACAGCGAGGUGUGCGACUACGUGAGCGGUGUUUGUCCUGGUGGAGUCUGUCUACCUGGUUGGGCAACAGAAACGUGUGAUACGGUAUGUGAAUUUGGCCGCUAUGGAGCAAACUGUAGAAACAUUUGUCCAAAUAGAAACUGCAAGGGAGACAACUCAAGCUGUGACCACGUGACAGGGGAGUGUUUUUGCGGCUGUAAGGCAGGAUGGAUUGGAACAGAUUGUACCGAGAUUUGCAGUUUUGGUACAUUUGGUGUCAACUGUACUGGAGUUUGUGGUCAGUGUAUUGACCUCAGCGCCUGUCACCAUGACAACGGUACCUGUCUGACUGGAUGCAGUGACGGAUGGACUAACCAUGCCUGUACAGAGAUAUGUGAAUUUGACCGCUAUGGAGCAAACUGUAGUCAAAUAUGCCCAAAUAGAAACUGCAAGGGAGACAACUCCAGCUGUGACCACGUUACAGGAAAGUGUGUUGGGGGCUGUACGGCUGGAUGGGACGGAACAGACUGUACACAUGGUGUACGAUUGCCCUUCCCUUUAUUUGCAAGGGGUGCAACUGAUGGGGCAGGCCUGUACGUUUUAGUUACAGAAACAAAGAACAAUAAUACACCCCUCAUACACAGCAUUAGUCUUGUCAUUGGCUUGGUUGUGGGUGUCGUCCUAACACUGUUGCUGGGAGGUGCUGUACAUCUAUACCUGCUCAGGAAAGGAAGUUUGGCAUGGACACGUGGCAAUGUGAAGGAUGGCGACAGAAGGGAUACAGUUGACCCCAACAUGGCACUAGGAGACAACUACACAUCUAUAUCAGAACUGCCACGCACUGAUGGGCGCAACACUCAGGACAAUGACUAUGCUGGACUGGACACAGACACAAGAACUGACGACAAACACUAUGACUUCAUCCAGAAUAAAGUAUAUGUAAACACAUACAACAAGCAGCCUCAAAACGUGCCGAGAGGUAAGAAGGUCCCUGACAGCUGUUGCAUCCCUGACGGAGACAUUGCAGUCUGUACCGGACAAACCUACUUCGCAGGACGCCCCAACUAUCGCAAUCAACGGUCGUUUAACAUCGUAAAUGGCGCUGGGUCUGCAAUCGUUCUGCUCAUUUUGGUAAUUGGCGUCAUAAUAUCCCGUUUGGACGCUAGAGUUGGUGGUGCGUCACCGGACCAAAGUGAAGAACAGUUUGAACUUGCUGGAAGCAGCCAGACACAAAGCAUGGAAGCAGACAUUUAG